GCCUCGGGCGCCCUGAAAUCAAACAUGGCGGCGCCCUUAUUUUAGCAUGGGCUGCUCCGUGCUGUAAUCUGCAAUUGCCGGUUUAUUUCAGCUUUUUAGUCUUGUAAACUCACGCGCAACGCCUCCUGCGUCACAUUCGGGUUCUGGACCGUGGUCCAAGCCCCGUCGCCCGCGAUGAGUAUGUUCAAGGCGAAGAUGUUGUCAGACACGAGUGAAGAUGACACGGACAACGACCAUGACGCGCCCAAGAAGGCACCGAGUUUUCGUGCCGCACAUGUUCCUAAGAAGCCAGCAGCCUACUCCAUGCCAAAGCUGGGUGGGGACGAUGAAGACGAGGAGGACGGCAGCAACACCGACGACUGGGAAGGCAGAAGCGGGAAUGAAGAGACGGGUAAAUCAAAAAAGGCUCCCCACAGCAGUGAAGACAGUGAGAGUGCUGACAGCGAUGGCAGCGAUGAGGGCAACGUCACAAACACAUGGAACCAGAGCGGAAGCCGCGAGGCCCCUAUGGCAGCAAACAGGAAACGCAAGAAUUUUGCGCAAGGAAGCCCUGAAAGUAAAUUCGUGAAGUACUCCAACAGUUUCUCUAAUGAUGACGACGAGCCUGCUGAAAGUGGCUCGGGCCUUUCGAUGGGCAAUUACAGCAACAUCUCACAGAAGCUCAUGGCAAGCAUGGGCUACAAGGCCGGUGCCGGUCUUGGCAAGGACAACCAGGGAAUUAAGGACAUCAUCCCAACGUCCAAGCAGCGUGGCCGGCGAGGUCUGGGUCUCUCCAUGGAGGGCCUCGAACCCAGUGCAGAUGUCAAAUGGGACUUUGAGAAGGAAGAAGUCGACGUGAAGGAGCGAGUGGAUUGGAUUCCCAGGUGUGAGGACGAGCCGCCAAACAUCAAGACUCUGAGGGAAUGGGCCACGGAAGGAAAGAAAAAGCUCACCAUUGACGACGAGACCUGCUUCUGCGACGAAGAAGUGCUCAAGCAAAUCAUUGACUGCAAGAGCGUGUUCGACAGGCUGGAACCGGAGGAACUGCGGCGAGCGAGAACGCGGUCGAACCCUUUUGAAACUAUUCGCGGUGGAAUCUUUCUGAACAGGGCAGCCAUGAAAAUGGCCAACAUGGAUUCUGCCUUCGAUUUCAUGUUCACCUCUCCAGUGGAUGAAAAUGGGGACCCUAUGGUGGGCCCUGACGACCUGCUGUACUUUGCCGACGUCUGCGCGGGGCCUGGCGGUUUCUCGGAGUACGUCUUGUGGCGCAAGGGCUGGCAGGCCAAGGGUUUUGGCUUCACCCUGAAGGGCCCAAACGACUUCAAACUUGAAGACUUCUUUGCUGGAUCUCCAGAUACCUUUGAACCACACUACGGUGUCCAUGGUGACGGUGACAUUUUCAUGCCUGAGAAUGUUCGGGAAUUCUCCAGGUUUGUGAAGACAAGCACGGACAACCAGGGGGUCCACUUUGUCAUGGCAGAUGGCGGCUUCUCAGUAGAGGGCCAAGAAAACAUCCAAGAAAUAUUGUCUAAACAACUUUACCUGUGCCAAUUCUACACCGCACUGUCCAUCUUAAGAACAGGUGGCCACUUUGUGUGCAAGCUGUUUGACAUCUUCACCGUGUACAGCGUCGGCCUGGUGUACCUGAUGUACCGGGCAUUCAGGCAUGUCUCCAUCUUCAAGCCCAACACCAGUAGACCCGCAAAUUCUGAAAGGUAUAUAGUCUGCAAAUGGCGCCGCCCAGAUACGAAGGACAUCGAGGACUACAUGUACGAGCUGUGCUGUCGCUUCAAGGAAAUUUCGAGCGUCACGAGCCAACAGGACAUAGUCGAGGUUGUGCCCCUGGAAGUCAUCAACGAUGACGCCGUCUUCGCGAAGUACAUCCGCGAGUCCAAUGACAGGCUAGGGCAUGCCCAAAUCACACAUCUCACAAAGAUCAGGGCCUUUGCCCAGAACAGUGAUUUGUAUGAGGAAAGGCAGAGCAACCUUCGGAAAGAGUGUCUCAAGUUGUGGAAGGUUCCCGACCUAGCACGGCUGGACCCCAAACGGCCGCCGCCCGAGUCCAAGUUCAGAGAACUCACAAAGAAUGAAGGCUUGUACUUUGACAGACGUCCCGAUGAACUGACGCCCAAGUUCCUUGAGGGCAUCAAGAGCCUUCACGACUACCGGUGUAUUGUGUGCGGCGAGUGGAAGCCCAUGAUACAGGACAACAAAUUUUUCUUCCUCAGCGCAGGGCGAAAGCAAGUCUACCAGUGGACGGGCGUGUCUACAGACCAGUGGAAGAAAGUCACCGAGAUCCUGGAACUCCCGCCGGACACACUCUUCUACGGUGAAAUGGUGCAGGAGUUUGUAGGAGAGGGUCGACAACAGAAACGAUUCAACACAAUCCACGUCAUCGAUGCUCUCGUCUUGGGCAAGGUGUCCGUCAAGAAUAUGCACUAUGAGGAGAGGAUGAAGUGGGUCCGAAAGUUUGUCAAGGCCUUGUCAAAACCAAGUCGUUCCGACUUGACACCUCUUCGAGCCAAAGAGGUUUUCAAGCUUCAAGAUGUGGAGUCCCUGUUUGACCGGAUCACUCUGAAGCUGGAGAAAGGUGCGGCCAGGAACAUGAGGCUCAGCUGUACAGUGCCCCAGGAACAGAGGGACCCGGAGGAGAAGCACUUCUCGGCCACGGGCGUGCUCUUCUACCGAACCACCAAAGAGCCCUGGCACGAAGAGUUCAGCGUGAGCAAGCAGCGCCCCUACUUCUACAACUCCAUGACGAGGAAGAGUGACUACGAGAUGCCCAAGUACGAUUGCGCCGCCACGUUUAGGGACUGCUUCCAGGCCGCCACGCUUUGGUCGUGGGUCCCGGGCAUGAAGAUCCUGCCCCCCCUAUCGCCCUCUGAGGAGUGUCCCAAGGACGGCAAGGUCCAUCGCAUGAUGCUCAUCAACUUUGUCAGGAAGAGACUAGGAAAGUGAACCGGUGAAAUGAACCCUGAUGAGAAUGUACAUUGACUGCGUGUGCUGAAAGCUAGAGUGGUGAUGAAUGAAAGGAUGGCAUGUGAUGUGACCCACUUCCCCUUUUUUUCUUUGUGCUUCUCUUUGUGUCCACAGGGUAUGGAAAUUGAGCUUCUGAAGGAAUGCUUGGGGAGUUUCAAGAAAAUGGAAGCGGUCUGGUGCACCGUGGAAAAGAGUAGAAGGGUGGUUCAGUGGGCAAAAGCAGGCCAUUGUCUGUUUUUCCCAUAUUUAAAUCAAUGGAGUUUUAACUGUAAUACUGAUGUUACUACAUUAUAUGAGUGUAAUAAUAGUGUACAUAUAAUAUCAGUGUAGCAUACAGCUU